AAGAAAGCUUGAAUUAUUGAUGAGAGUAAUGGCGUUGCCGUCUGUCUGGAGCGUGAUGCGUGUGGCGAUCCCGUUCAUCUCGGUGGUUGGCCUGCUAAGCGUGAGGCUUGUGGGGGCCAGCCAGGAGUCUGGGAGUGUCAUUCCUGCAGAAAGUCGUCCCUGCGUUGACUGCCAUGCGUUUGAGUUCAUGCAGAGGGCGUUGCAGGAUUUGAAGAAGACAGCGUAUAACCUAGACACACGGACAGAAACCCUCCUCCUGAGAGCAGAAAAGAGAGGCCUGUGUGAUUGCUUUCGUGCGAUACACUGAAAUGAGCACUGGGAUUUGGCCAAUGGACGUUUAUUAAUUUUUAAAAUGCUGUUCAAUAAAUUACAGGAAGACACAGAGUGCAAGUUGUGCCACACCACAAGGAAAAUAAUUUUUAUCCAAACAGGUAUAGCUCAGUUAGAUAAUUUUUGCUUUGAUGUGUUUUAUCAUUACUGUAUGCGAUAUUGCAUCUGCUGAAAUGUCAACAGAAGAAACAGUGCCGAAGUCUCACUCAUGGGUUUUAUGUAAGGAUAGCAUCUCGCUUUUCUGGUAUU